AUGCUUGAAAAUUUGGAACAAAAGAGAUCUGUCAAGUUCAAAAGCAUAUUUCGUCAACAAGUUGACACAAAUCAAUCCAAUUUCAGUCGCAAAUCAGCAGCGCAUCUAGAGAUUUCACCACCUAUCCUUCAACAUUCAACAAGUAUCUUUUCGUUGGUCUCUCCAACAAGAACAGCAUUUCAAACAUUUUAUAAUGACAGAAACCAGAAUGAAAUUCCUUAUGAACUUUAUCAGCCGUUGUCUUCACCACCGCCCAUUCCUCAACAAAAAAGUCCUUACUUAACUACCAACACAGCUAAUUCAGUCUCACCCUCUCCACAUCGUCAAUUGUCUAAUGUUACGGCUAGCCAUAAUGCCAGACAAAACUUUGGGCGUCCUAUGCAUCCUUUGGAAGUAUCUCAACAACAACAACAACAACAACAGAUUGGAAGAUCUAUCAAUAAUCCAAUGCGCCAUGUGGAUGCUCGUCGUACUCUUGCAAGUGACCCAAGAAUGCUUGUCGGUAGUUCUGAAAAGAAAAAGAGUAACCGCAGACAUUCCUGUUCAUCCACCAUGUACAAGUCGGUUGAAAAGGAAGCCAACAACAACAACAGCAGCAGCAGCAGCAAAUCUCUCUUACGAAAAGGACGUUGCAGUAGUAAAGUAGGUACAUGGUCUCCUUCUGCUGCAUCCAUUGAGCCUUGUGCCAGCAAAUCUACACCGCAUAAAGUCAAGACAUACAAUGUCCCAAAGAAGACAGAGGACAUUGAGAAGGAACGUAAAAUGCAAGAACUGGAGGACCUGAUCACUGGUCGUCGUGGAAGCACAUUGAAGCUUAGCUUGACGCCCAAGGGGCUUUCAUAA